CUCUCUCGAAAUUGCAAUAUUUGCCCCUCCCUCUCUCUAUUUCCUUCAUUCUCUCUCUUCCUCUCUCUCUCACUAACCUACCGUUGGGCUGUAAGAAUUUCGGAGAGGACGAAGAAAGAAAGAACAACGAAGAAUUUAGUGGAUAAUAAUUUAUUCCUAACCGUGGAAUAUUUUUGGAUAUUCCGGUGACCUGAGAUCUGUUUUACGACCUAGAUUGUGGACGUCGAGAGAUCCGUACUCUCGAUUAUCGAUCUGAGGAUGCUUUUGCGUCCCUGAAGCUUAAAAGGCGUGAUUUUGGUGGUUCAGGCGAAGCUAGGGUUUCUGAAGCUUCGAAAUAAUGAAUCGUUUGUGGUAAAUUGGGUGAUACUCUCACGAAUUGGCAGUUAUUUCUUUUACAGUUCGGUAUGAAUCGAAGUUUUAGGGCAUUUGAGAAGGGGCAAAUGGGGAGCCUGAGAUUGAAGGAUAACAGGGACGAGGAUUUGGCAUUAUUUCGUGAAAUGCGAAAGCGUGAGAAGGAAAGAAACGAUCUUCUUCUUCAGAAUGCGGAUGAGUUUGAGGCUCCACUUGGACAUGGCACUUCUCCAAUAUUUAAUAUACCUUCGGCUACAUCUGCUCCUGGCCGAAAAACUGGCCCUGACAAUUUUCUCAAUUCUGAAAAUGAUAAAAAUGACUAUGACUGGCUUUUGACACCUCCUGGUACUCCCCUGUUUCCCUCACUGGAGAUGGAAAAACACAAAACUGUUACGAGCCAGGUUGGAACUCCAAAAGCUCGACCUACAGCUCUGAAGUCUAGAUUAUCCAAUUCCCAGCCGGAACCCACCUCCCGAAGCAAUCCAUCUCGCCGGCCGUCUUCCUCCAGCGGGCCCGGCUCAAGACCUUCGACUCCAACAAGCCGCCCAACUUUGACCUCAACAUCCUCCCGGCCCACAUCCAACAAGAAGCCCACCGCCACCUCAUCCAAGCCCACCGCCACCUCAUCAUCCCGAUCAGCACCCGCCGCCACGUCGUCAUCAAAACCCUCUCGAUCCUCAACCCCCACCACCUCUCGUCCCACGAUCUCCUCGUCUCGACCCACCGCCGCCGCCAGCAGAUCCUCGACCCCGACUCGAUCAACGGUCCCCACCACCACCACCAGAGCCCCUCCUCCGGCAAGAACCACUUCCCGGGCUUCGACACCAACCCGCCGGCCCACAAACGGUACUCCGGGCCCAACGCAGCCCAAAUCCCCGACCGUCCGGCCCAAAAUAUGGAAGCCCUCGGAAAUGCCCGGGUUCUCGCUCGACGCCCCGCCCAACUUAAGAACUUCCGUAGCCGACCGGCCCCCAUCUGCGGCCCGAGGCCGGCCCGGGCCCAGCCCGGGCCCACGAUCCUCGUCGGUCGAGCGGGUCAGGCGGCAGUCGUGCUCUCCGGCGAGGGGGCGUCCGGCAAAUACCAUCUCUUCCCGGAGCAGCGGGAGGUCGUUGCCCGUGCCGGGCUUGAGCCGGCUGCAAGCCAAGGCGAACGAUAACGUGAGCCCUGUGCUUGUCGGGACUAAGAUGGUCGAACGGGUUAUAAAUAUGAGAAAACUCGCGCCACCUAAACAGGAUGUUAUUAAGAAUUCGAAUUCACCGCGCGGUAAUUUAUCGGGAAAAUCGUCGUCGUCGUCUCCCGAGGGGUUCGGGAGAACGCUUUCGAAGAAGUCUUUGGAUAUGGCGAUUCGACACAUGGAUAUAAGGCGAACGAUUCCAGGUACUCUGAGGCCUCUGAUGACGAAUAUUCCUGCAGCGUCUAUGUAUAGUGUGCGAGUGGGGCCCACGAGAAGAACCGUUAGUGUAUCGGAUUCUCCAGUUGCGACGAGUAGCAACGCGAGCUCUGAAGUGAGUGUCAAUAACGGGCAUGAGGUGGACGAUGAUGUCAGCAGCGAUAAGGGGAUUUAGUCAGCGGCCAGCUUACGUGGGAGGUGAAUGGUGGGUUUUUUCUUGAUGCCAUCUCGUGCGAUUUUUUUUUUUUUGUUUUUAACCGCGCUGAGAAUUGUGACUAUUCCCUGUGAGGGAAAAAGAAUAUGAGAAUAUAUAAAAAUGAACUGGUUUUUGUGCUACAUAAUAUUGAUGUAAAUUUCUAUGCAUGGUUCACUUGAUGUCUUUGUAUUAUUGGUAGGCACUCGGGACACAUAGAUCGGUGUCUUCUGAGCUUGUAGUUUACUAGAUUCUGUGCAAAUUCAUGAAUCGAGAUUGACUGAGGUUGUCCUGAUUCAGAUUUUAUUCUGUAUUGUUUUAGUGAUUUUUCAUGUUCGUAACCAGUGAUUUGCUUGUGAUCGCUCCAGUUGAAACUUUUGAAAACCACGAAUCUUUCGAAGAAUACGAUAAAUAUGAAGUCGGU